AUGGCGUACGACAAGUACGCCAGGUACGAAAAGUACUUUGGCAAAUACGACAAGUGGGAUGAGUCACGCUUCCAAUGGGAUGAGAACAAUAUGCCAAACAAAUGCACACAGCUGCAAGUUCGCUACAGCUGCGGCCAUACCCUCGGAGGCGAGUUCAUCAAGUGUGCGCGACAUAUCGCCAGCGAGGACGAACGUUGCUCGAACCGGUACAUCCAUUUCAUCGAGGCUAAGCAGUCGACACACAAAUGCCGCACCUGCCUAAGAUCUGCUUGA